AUGGAGAAGCUUCUUAGGGAGAAUGCUCUGGUCUGCAAAUGGAAAAAGCUGCAAUAUGUCCCUUUGGAGAUGGAUUGCAGUUGGGUUAGGAUAUGGAAUUCGCCUGAUAACUUCCUCCAAUAUGAAAAUUAUAAAAGGUUGGAGAUAUUCAACACUAGAUGGUCAUCCUCUCCUCCCUCAUGGUUUAAACUCAACUUUGAUGGUGUUGCUCGUAGUGGGGUUGCAAUGGGAGGUGGAGUUAUAAAGGACAGCUUGGGCAAUUUGGUUUUGGCCUAUGCUAGAAAUUUUGGUUCAGCCUCGAGUAACAUGGCUGAAGCCUUAGCGCUCUUUUGGGGUCUUAAAUUGGCUCUCACUAUUGACGCUAAAAUAUUGGUCAUUAAGGGGGAUUCUAAGCUGAUCAUUGAGGCGACUAAAGGUGUUUCUGGAAUUAGCUGGAUGGUUCGCAACAUUCUCAAGGACAUAUGGUCUAUGAUUGUUUGGCUUGAGGAAUUUCGCAUUCAACAUAUUUGUAGAGAGGGAAAUUCGGUGGCGGACUCCCUGGUUGCGGCGGGCCUUGAGAUGAAAGGCAUGAGGUGUUGGAGACACUUGGCAUCACUUUCUGACAAAUAG